UACUUUCCCUGAGUUUCAGUUUCAGCGCAACCUUCUUUCUUUCUUUCUUCUCUGUCGUGUUUGAGUGCACUUUGCGGCUGCCCUUUUAGAAAUCAUUAUAUUCACCCUAUUAUAUACUUUUUGCUAUUCAUCUUCUUCAAUUCCAAAAUGGGAAGAGCACCCUGUUGUGACAAGAAUGACCUCAAAAAGGGUCCAUGGACUCCUGAGGAGGAUCUCCUGCUCACCAACUACAUUCAGACUUAUGGACCAGGAAAUUGGCGAACCCUCCCCAAGAAUGCUGGUCUACAAAGAUGUGGCAAGAGUUGUCGCCUUAGAUGGACUAAUUACCUUAGACCCGAUAUCAAGAGAGGGAAGUUCUCAUUUGAAGAAGAAGAGGCCAUCAUUCAGCUUCACAGUGUCUUGGGAAACAAGUGGUCGGCUAUAGCAGCUAAGUUACCGGGGAGAACCGACAACGAAAUAAAGAACUAUUGGAACACAAACAUUAGGAAGAGGUUGCUUCGAAUGGGAAUUGACCCAGUUACACACGCUCCACGCCUUGAUCUUCUUGACAUGUCCUCGAUUCUAAGGUCAGCAAUAGGAACCGUUAACCCAUCGUUUCUGAAUCUGCAAGGCCUAUUGGGUGCCCAAGCGUUGAUGAACCCAGAAUUUUUUAAGCUCGCUGCCACUGCCACACUUUUAUCUUUGAAGAAUCAUGAGAACGCAUCAAACUUAGUUUCACAAGUGCAACAACAAUUCAAUAAUAAUGCUGGGAAUGGUCAAGUACAGAACCAAGUUGCUGCUCCAAAUCAGUUUCAGACACCAACUCUAAGCAACAACAACGUGAACAAUGGCUUAUCAUCAAUUUCCCCAGAGAAUUCAUCAAUUCCUUCUUAUCUUGGGGAGAAUAAUUACCAGCUGAAUGCUCAACAAAUUAACCAAGUUGAUUUGCUUCUGGACCCCGAAUUGGAACAUUACUUAAACAGUAUAAACCAAAACAUAGGCCAUGAAUCAGUUACACCUUUGUCAACUCCUACCUCAUUGAAUUCAUCGUCCACGUAUGUGAAUAGUUGCGCGGAGGAAGAGAGGGACACCUAUUGCAGCGAUGUAUUCAAGUUAGAAAUUCCAGAGAGUCUUGACAUUAGCGAUUUCUUGUAAAUAUGUGUCUGUGUGAAUAUUGCGUUUAAUUUGCACACUGCUGUUUAAUUAGUUUGAAUUUAUAUAUUAUAUUAUUCUUGUUAUUUAAAUAUGUGGGGCAUGCAGAAUUUUGUACUCGGGUUGGUUUUUUUAAAUCUUUGUUCAUUUUUGCUUUGCAGCUGUCAAUAUUUCUAAUAUGAUAUAUGACACCAAGUCUUUGUAAUUUUUAUCAGUGUCUUUCUUUUGAAUGAUUUCUGCAGUUA